UUAAAGUGCACGACUUCUGCCCGGCCUGCCGAAGGAGCUCGGGCAGCGCGGCAUUCCUCGGAUUCCAGCGCUGUGACGUCCCCGGGGACCGUGCGCCCGCAGCGGGGGAGCCCGGGCUCCACUUUCCAGCGCUGGGUGCGCGUCCCCGAGGCUGGCGCGCGCCCUCACCGGUCGCAUUCCUAGCCUGCCCAGAGAGCGCUCGGCGCACUCCCCGCCUCCAGGCCCCCAGAGCAGCAGAGCCCAGCCCGGGGCGGGGGAGCCCGGCCAGCGGCGCCUGCUCGUCCCCUCCCACCCGGCCCCUUCCUCCGCCCUCCCGGCCGCUCGCGCUUCCUGGCACUCGGGCUCUCCCGGCGGCUCAAGUUCUGCACAAACUUCUCCUCGCUGCCCAGCGCCGCGGCCGCGGGUCCGGGCCAAGCUCGCUGCGCUCUGCGGCUCAGCCGUCUCGUCCCCAGAGCUGGUCCUUGUGAAGCAUCUGGCGCCACUUGGCCGCUGACGGUUCCUUUCGGCGCCCCACCUCUCUGAUCGUCCCGGCCCCCUCGCGCGGGACGGCGGUGCUCAGGUUCUUGGCCCUUUCUCCUCCCCGGUGCUCCCGGCGCGGCGGAACCCUCCCGGUGCCCUUCCUUGGCCAGCUCCUGGAAGCCAGUGGUGGGGACCCAGGCUCCCUAAUGGUCACCGCGCGGCACCCAGGGCACUCCCGGGCCAUGUAAGCAGCCAUCCUGCAGAGGGCCUGGUGGGCAUGGACACCUUUUCCCUGCCUUAGUGUGACCAUUCCAACACAAAACCACUAAGGCCAUCUAAGGGGCGCCUGUGCCAGGAGAGGAGGGCGGCGUGCCCUGGCCACAGAGCCAUGCCUUUCGGCCUGAAGCUUCGCAGGACUCGGCGCUACAAUGUCCUGAGCAAGAACUGCUUUGUGACCCGGAUCCGCCUGCUGGACAGCAAUGUCAUCGAGUGUACCCUGUCGGUGGAAAGCACAGGGCAAGAGUGUCUUGAGGCGGUGGCCCAGAGGCUGGAGCUGCGGGAGACGCACUACUUCGGCCUUUGGUUUCUCAGCAAGAGCCAGCAGGCAAGAUGGGUGGAGCUGGAGAAGCCACUGAAGAAACACCUGGACAAGUUUGCUAACGAGCCUCUGCUUUUCUUUGGAGUCAUGUUCUAUGUGCCAAAUGUGUCAUGGCUUCAGCAGGAAGCCACGAGAUAUCAGUAUUACCUGCAAGUCAAAAAGGAUGUGCUCGAAGGGCGGUUACGGUGCACACUGGAACAAGUCAUCCGCCUAGCUGGCUUAGCUGUGCAAGCGGAUUUUGGUGACUAUCAUCAAUUUGAUUCCCAAGAAUUCCUCCGAGAAUAUGUCCUGUUUCCUAUGGAUUUGGCGCUGGAGGAAGCAGUUCUGGAGGAGCUGACCCAGAAGGUGGCCCAGGAGCACAAAGCCCACAGUGGGAUCCUGCCUGCAGAAGCGGAGCUGAUGUACAUCAAUGAAGUAGAGCAUUUGGAUGGAUUUGGACAGGAGACCUUCCCGGUGAAGGACAACCAUGGCAACAGCAUGCACCUUGGCAUUUUCUUUAUGGGCAUUUUUGUGAGGAACAGAAUUGGAAGACAGGCAGUCAUAUACAGGUGGAAUGACAUUGGGAGUGUCACCCACAGCAAAUCAGCCAUCCUGCUGGAGCUGAUUGACAAGGAGGAGACAGCACUCUUCCACACAGAUGAUAUUGAAAAUGCCAAGUAUAUAUCUCGGUUAUUUACAACACGGCACAAAUUUUACAAACAGAACAAGAUCUGCACUGAACAGUCAAAUUCUCCACCCCCAAUCAGACGACAGCCCACCUGGAGCCGGUCCUCACUGCCCUCUCUUCUGUUUCAGCCAAGGCAGCAGCCGUACAUCCUGCCUCCCAUGCAUGUGCAAUGCAAUGAGCACUACUCGGAGACCCACACUUCCCAAGACAGCAUUUUCCCUGGGAAUGAAGAAGCCUUGUAUUGCAAUUCUCACAACAGCCUGGACUUAAAUUACUUAAAUGGUACAGUCACCAACGGCAGUGUGUGUAGUGUCCAUAGUGUCAACUCCCUCAACUGCUCCCAAAGCUUCAUCCAGGCUUCUCCAGUGUCCUCCAACCUCAGCAUCCCCGGAAGUGACAUCAUGAGGGCUGACUACAUCCCCAGCCACCGUCACAGCACCAUCAUUGUGCCGUCUUACAGGCCAACCCCUGACUACGAGACAGUCAUGAGGCAGAUGAAGAGGGGACUGAUACAUGCAGACAGCCAGAGCCGGUCUCUCCGUAACCUCAACAUUAUCAACGCCCAUGCCUACAACCAGCCUGAGGAGCUGGUGUACAGCCAGCCAGAAAUGCGGGAGAGGCAUCCCUACACGGUUCCAUAUGCACUCCAGGGGGCCUAUGGUCACAAACUUGUUAGUCCAUCUGACCAGAUGAACCCCAAGAAUAGUGCAGUGCCCUGCAAGCCAGGGGCCAGCUCCAUCUCGCACACAGUGAGCACUCCAGAACUGGCCAACAUGCAGCUUCAAGGAACACAAAACUACAGCACAGCCCACAUGCUCAAGAACUAUUUCUUCAGGCCACCACCCCCUUACCCUCGGCCUCGGCCUGCCACCAGCACCCCAGACCUCGCCAGCCACCGCCACAAGUAUGUCAGUGGCAGCAGCCCUGACCUGGUAACUCGGAAAGUCCAGCUCUCUGUAAAGACCUUCCAGGAGGACAGCUCUCCUGUGGUCCACCAGUCUUUGCAAGAGGUGAGCGAACCCCUUACAGCCACCAAGCACCAUGGCACGGUGAAUAAGCGCCACAGCCUGGAGGUGAUGAACAGUAUGGUUCGAGGCAUGGAGGCCAUGACACUGAAGUCACUCAAUAUCCCCAUGGCUCGUCGCAACACACUCCGGGAGCAGGGCCCUUCUGAGGAGGCAGGUGGCCAUGAAGUGCAUGGGCUUCCCCAGUAUCACCACAAGAAGACCUUCUCAGAUGCUACCAUGCUAAUCCACAGCAGUGAAAGUGAAGAAGAGGAGGAGGCCCCUGAGGCGGUGCCUCAGAUCCCCAUGCUUCGGGAGAAGGUGGAAUACAGUGUCCAGCUGCAGGCUGCCCUGGCUCGAAUUCCCAACAGACCCCCGCCUGAGUACCCAGGGCCAAGAAAAAGUGUCAGUAAUGGGGCACUGAGGCAGGAACAGGGGACCCUUCUUCCUGCCAUGGCCAGAGCCAGAGUGCUGAGACACGGGCCAUCCAAGGCCCUCAGUGUCUCCCGGGCCGAGCAACUAGCUGUCAAUGGGGCCUCUCUGGGUCCCUCCAUCUCUGAGCCUGACCUCACCAGCGUGAAGGAGAGGGUCAGGAAAGAACCUGUGAAGGAGAGGCCCGUGUCAGAGAUGUUCUCCCUGGAGGACAGCAUUAUAGAGAGAGAGAUGAUGACUAGGAAUCUAGAGAAGCAGAAGAUGGCAGGCCUGGACCCACAGAAGAGGCCGCUGAUGCUGGCAGCGUUGAAUGGGCUCUCAGUGGCCCGCGUCUCAGGGCGGGAAGACAGUCGACACGAUGCCACCCGAGUUCCCAUAGACGAGCGGCUCAGAGCCCUGAAGAAGAAGCUAGAAGAGGGAAUGGUGUUCACAGAGUAUGAGCAGAUCCCACACAAAAAGGCCAAUGGUAUCUUCAGCACCGCAACUCUGCCGGAAAACGCUGAGCGGAGCCGGAUUCGAGAAGUCAUCCCUUACGAGGAGAAUCGGGUGGAGCUCAUCCCCACCAAGGAGAACAACACAGGCUACAUCAACGCCUCCCACAUCAAGGUGGUGGUUGGUGGGGCAGAAUGGCACUACAUCGCCACUCAGGGACCCUUGCCACAUACCUGCCAUGACUUCUGGCAGAUGGUGUGGGAGCAGGGGGUGAACGUGAUCGCCAUGGUCACUGCAGAGGAGGAGGGUGGACGGACCAAAAGCCACCGAUACUGGCCCAAACUGGGGUCCAAGCACAGCUCAGCCACCUAUGGCAAGUUCAAGGUCACCACAAAGUUCCGAACAGACUCUGGUUGCUAUGCAACCACAGGAUUAAAGGUAAAGCACCUGCUGUCCGGCCAGGAGAGGACGGUGUGGCAUUUGCAGUACACUGACUGGCCCCACCACGGCUGCCCGGAAGACGUCCAAGGAUUUCUGUCCUACUUGGAGGAAAUCCAGUCGGUCAGGCGUCACACCAACAGUGUCCUGGAAGGCGUCAAGACCCGGCACCCUCCUAUUGUGGUCCAUUGCAGUGCAGGGGUGGGAAGGACCGGCGUCGUCAUCCUCUCUGAGCUCAUGAUCUAUUGCCUUGAGCAUAACGAAAAGGUGGAAGUGCCCACGAUGCUGAGGUUUCUCAGGGAGCAGAGGAUGUUCAUGAUCCAGACCAUUGCGCAGUACAAAUUCGUCUACCAAGUCCUCGUCCAGUUCCUACAGAGUUCCAGGCUCAUCUGAUUUCCAGGAUGCAGCUUCUGGAGGAGGGACCCAGCUCCGUCCUGCAGGGGGCGCCACUUCCAGACAACAUCUGCCUCCCCAGUUGGAGACGGAUGGCUGGCAGCAGGCAAGAGCCAGAGUUACUUACAAACAUCAUGUAUUAUUUUAUAUGAGAUAAUUUAUUUUUCUGUCUUCGGAAUAAGUUUUGUGAGUUAUUAUAAUGAAUUUUUUUUCCACGAUAAUAUAGUGCUUCUCAUUUGAACCCCAUGUUGACUGAUCUGCAUGUAAGCCUCCUCCGUGAGGGAAGGUGGUGGCCCCAUGGGACAUUGUAGGCACAGAGGCAUAAGGGAACACAUCUCUAGUGAAGCUGCAGACAGACUGGUAACACCCCCAGUCAAACGUGGCAAGAGGAAGAAUCGAUCCUCAACCUCGCUAAGGAAGGUCCUUUCGAGUGUUCCCUUAACCCUGGAUCCGUGCAUCUGGCUGGAUAGCUGCUUUCCUCUCCUUUACUGCCCUCUUCCUCCGCGAUCUCUCUCCCUAAGCCUGUGGUGAAAGCUGGGGUCCUCUGGAGAGCACAGUGCCUUUAGGGCUGGCCAUGCUGUCUCUGGUAAGUGAGGAGUACUCCUGUUGCUGCCGCGCACCCUUGUUUUGGUCCAGGAGUCUGAUGUGGUGAUGGGGUGUGCUACUUUGCCCUGCGUGCUCCCAUCAGCCUCAUCUGGUGGCCCUGAGUCAGGCCAUCUGCACAGCUCAGCCCCUGGCCUAGUUGAGAGAAGAUAAUAGACCAGGAGGGGAAUGGCGUUAGGUGGGGCCUUGGUGUAGAUUGUUAACUAAAUAAUGUUGAGUGUGGCAGAUGAGGACACAGAGGAUGAGGUCUGGGUACAUUCCAUUUUCCUAUCCAUUGCUAAGUUGUUAGAAGGGUCAUAAGGGAAAUGGUUAAGGAAACUCACAUCUGGGAGCUACCUGGCGCUUUGCAGCGGGGCCCUGGCUGGGAGGCACACACCUGGCCAGGAGGCACGCACCCAUGCACAACUCCCUGUGUGCUGAUGGAGUCUAGGCUCUGGCUGGCAGGGGCUGAGUUGAUGCCACUUAGGGCUUCUGCGUUGCUGUCUUGGGCCAGGGUCCCAGGCUGACCUUGGACUUGGUGUAUAGCAAGAAGAUGGCUCCCAGUCUCUUGUCUGUACCUCCCAACUGCUGGGAUUUCAAGUGCAUAGGGCCACACACAGGCCGUACGUGCCCCUCAUGAUGAAUUCUGAGACUGUCUUUUGCAAAAGCCUCCACUCCCUACCUUCCCUUGUAUAACCCACUCUCUGUCAGUGAUGGUAUUAGCCACCCUCAAGCUGAAGCCCAGUUCCCUUCCAUGUCUACUUUUUCCUAAGUAUAAUUUUCUAAUUAUUUGUGAAACUGACCAUGCCAUGCCUUCCUCCACAGUGAUAGUUCUUUUCUUUCUGCUGAGCUGAAAAGGCCAAGCAGCAAGAGUGUGACCUGUAGCCUGUCUCCACACACUAGUAGAUGCCGAUGACAGCAGAUUUCCCAUGAGCUUCUCUGGAAGACAAGCCAAGCGGUCUUCCUCUGGGUCAGGGUGGUGCUGAUGCUGGUAUCCAUACCGCAUCUGUGGGUUCAGAAUCUGAAGGUGGGGCACUUCCACCCUCCCUUCCACAGUGCAGAAUGGAUCAGGGGGUGUACGUGAGUGUGACCCUUGUAGACGAGGCACACUGAAACAGGUUCUGACAUAGGUGUUUUGGGGGAAAUGGAAAAGCCCAUUGUGGGGGGCUUCUUCCCCUUUGUUCCCACUUACAGUUUCAUUAUGUGAUGAAGAAUAUAGAUACUCUCGUCUCUGAGCUUUGGUGUGUUAGACUGUCUCACAUGAGCAGCGAGGAGACAUGAUGCCCCUUUGAACUCAUCACUCAGGGCCUGUUUCUAGCUUAUGCUAACAGAACAAGAUGCAGAGAAGACAUAGGUUUGAUAUCCAGCUUCCUAGCCAACACACGAUGAAACCCAAAAGUAAACAAUUAAGUGUCCUGUGUAUGCAUUUCCUCCUUAACACUGUUGCCUCUGGUUCUUCAACACAUUCCAAAUUCCCUUUCCCAUCCCCAGGAAGCCCCCAUCCAUCUCUGGUUAAAUUAUCAGCAGGCAUUUAAAGCCCUUACAGUGGCAUCUGCAUAAUAAUCACCGAGAGAUGCUUUCUACCUGGGAAGCUAGCCAAGGAGUAAGCCUUGGAGCAAAGUGUAUUAAAUUAGUUAUCUAGUCAGGGCUUUUGGAGCAGCUUCCUGACAAUGUGUUGGGACCGAAGCUGGAGCUGUCAGAGCCCAUUGCUGCAUUUUGGCUUUGAAGGGGGAGAAAAUUAAAACCGGAGCCAGUAAGAUAUCCCACCUCACAACAGAGCAGCCCAUCAUUCCUCCGUCCCUGGUUUUCCAGUUGUGGAGUUUUGUCUUUCACUUACUCAUUUGCAUAUGCCCACCUUCAUCCUUGUUCAGGCGUCUCUGCAUCCAGGCUGCUUAAGAUGUCUUCAUUCUUGAGAUGGUGAGAUGCACUUGUGGUGAAGCCUGGGGGUGUCUGGCUGGUUUUGUGAGGCUCUAAGGUGAUUCCAGGUGGAAUAGGAAUCCCAGGGGCCUGCACAUCUGAACACGCUCCCUCCCCAGUAAUUAGAGGUGAGAACCGUAUCAGACAGGCAUGCUUUAUUGAGGUGGAGACAAGUGGGUUCUUCUGCUCACUUGGAAGUGCUGCAGAUACUAGGGAAGGUGAGAGCAUCUCACGUGGACUGUGUCCCAUCAGAUUACUUUGGGAAAAGAAAGGGUCUACUCACUAUUCUUCAGUUAGAAGUAAGCUGACUUUUUUUUUUUCUUUUUGGCCUUAGUCUUGGGCUUUCUCAGUCACCUCCCCUAGCCUGGACAGAGGGUCUUUGUAGACUUUAGGAUGUGGGCCUUGUGGGACAUGACCACCAACUCCUAAGCAAGCCAUACCCUUACCCUCUGUCAGCAUUUGCUCUUAGCUGCCCCCUCCUGUGGGUGGGGAGGUUAGCAUUCUCCUGUCUUUUCUAGUUUAAGGUAGAUCAACCCAUGUUGAGUUUCCAGACAUGGAGGGCACUUUCUGGAUUGAUGGAAUGCAUACACUUUAUUUCUUCCCAGUUCAUUAAGGAUCUAAUGCCAUGCGUCUUUUCUUCAGCUAAGAGCUAGUGGACAGAGACCUGGUUCUUUGUGAUCCUGCACCCUAGCCACCAUGGCUUUGCAUCUCCUAGGGCCAGGAGCUGCUCCUGAAUGCCGACAGGCUGAGUUGACAGACAUGCUCUGUGGGGUCUUCUGUCUCUCUCUUGGUCUAAGCACUAGCUCGUUGGUCUGCAUCCUCUGACCUCAGGCAUGACGCUAUCAACGGGCCCCAAACAUGUCCUCAGGCAACAAGCACCCUGUGCCUUCCAGUCUGUCUUAUUAGCCCUGGCUCUGUUGUUUCUUCUCAGUAUAGGAGCAACUCUGUCCACAGAGUGCCAUGUCACUGCCACUGGGCUCUAGUUUCCCCAUUUCACUGAAAUUUCUGCUGCUGCUGUUUCUUGCCAGAGCUCUCGUCCAGCCUCCAUCAAGCCCUCAUUUAACGGUUUCUGUUCACGAGUGGCACUCCCACUCACUCAGCUUCUAAGAGAGAGAUUUGGGUCUUCCAGGGGAAACUGCACAUCCCCUGGUGGCCUACAACUUGAUGAGUGAUAGUCUCACUGGCUCUGGAGGGUCACAGUCACAAGUCACAGUCAGCCCUGUAUGGUUACACUCUGAGCAAAGAGGUAGAAAUGUGCUGCCCUUCACCUCAGCUUCUCAGUCCUUGGGCGGUGAACCACCUUUCCUAGGACAUCUGCAGAAAGUAGUGGCCACAUGUCUGGGGAAAUAGGCAGGUGUGCUCAGGCACAUGCUGCCAACCCAAAUGGCUUGUCCAGGUGUCCGGCAUUCUAGGGGAGCUGGGACACUGGCCUACCAGCUUGUCCAGUAUUCAGCCUCUCUUCCCUGUGCUCAGCUUUUGCAUUUCCAUUAUCAACUCAAGGGAAUCGGGCAUCUUCAUCCAGGAGAGUGCCCUUCUUAGCUUUUGCAGCUUACCUCAACAUGUGUCUUUCUCAAACACUUGCUGACGUGUACUCUGUUAGCCUGUCUGUGACCAGGUGUCAGGGAUCUGGCAUCCUCUGUUCUCAUAGAUGGAUAAAUAUACUGCUGUUUAGAAGUCAGUUCUUGCUGUUCAGAGCUCCAGUCAGCCUCCUCGUUAUAGAGAUAAAUUAAAGGAGAUUCAAUUGUCAGGCAGGCGGGCUGGAGCAAAUGCCAGCCUAAAUAUGGUUAACCAAGUCUUCUGCUGUAGUCUUGCUAGCCAAGUCACCACUUACUAAAAGUGCCCUGAGCUUGUCCAAAGUCAUGAUGGGGAGAAGCCAGAUCAGCCCCGAGUUUCCUAUCCAAAAUUCAUUGGGGAUACAAUUUUUUGAACCCUGGGGUAAUGUCAGAGUUGUAAACUUAUGAUGGAACCCCCCAGGGAAGACCGUGCUCUGGUGCUGACCUAUGUCUCCCGGGCUCCUUGCCUGCUGCCUGUAAUGGGCUGUGCCAUGUGGCCUCUGCGCCUGGAUGGCUGCUCUGGAGACUCCUUGCCUGACCCUGCAGCCCCUCCUUCCCUUGCAGCUUGUGAGCAGAGAGUUCUGCCACGGUGCACGCGUUCACAACUCCUCUUGCAUGUGAGUCCCUGUGCAAGUCACAGACAUUCAAAGUACAAACACUGGGCUGCACAGUGACUGUGAGUGUUCUCGCUGUGUGGGGACAAGGUGGCGCCCCUUUGUGAUGCCACUGUCUUUAUUCCCAGGGCAUUUUGUCCACUCAGAACUUCCCAUGCUCACUCAGAUCAGCCUUGCUCAGAUCAGCCCUCUGAAGCUUACUUUGUAUUUUAACCUACCUUCCCAUUGGACCCCCCCUUCCCCGCCGAAGUUAAAUCUGGCAAAGGGACUGUGGUCUUAAACCCCUCUAAAAUGUCGACAUAGGAAAUCUUAAUUUAACAAAAAACGGCUCAACAGCCUCAAGAAACGUGAUUGGGGGAGCGGUCAAAAUGAAGGUGCAGGAGAUUUCUAACAGCCUGGCCCUCCUCCAUCCUGUCAGCCUUGACAACACUGUCCCUCAGUACCAGAAGAAAGAAGAAAAGACUGACAUCAGCACUAUUAAAAAAGGAUGGAAACAGGGUCUCCUAUGUAUUUUGAGGUGCCCUUCACAGGCUUCUGGGUGACAGCAUUGCUUGGGAACCUGCAUUCUAACCUGUUUCUGGCUUGCUGGACUGUUUUCUUCCUCAGCCUCCCUGCUGACUGUCCCCUGGAGGGACAGGUGCACCUCAGGGCUUCCGGAGCCCCGCCCCAUGUGCUAUGACAUGGUUAGUCCACGACAAGCUAUCUGUCCAGCCUUUCGGCCUUUGUUCCUCCCCUGCCUCUCCCUCCAGGGACAGAUGCUCUGGGCUGGAAGAUGGGGAAGAGAGAGGCGGGCGAGCCAGCGAGCAUUUUAGACUGGGUUUCCCCUGCCUUGGGGUGGGAGCUCUUGCUCAGGCCUCAGGAAUGCCGCUUCAAGUUUAGCCCGGUGGCUCAGGCGCCUGGCGUGCUUGGCAUUUCUCUGGGGCCUCCUGCCUCCCUCAGCGACAGUGUUAGCUAAUAAAUGCCUUCAGCAUUGAGCUGAAAACUUCCUUAGGAGCCAUUUUAUUUAGAUAAAAUUGUACUGCACUCUCCUUUGAAGUUCCCCGCCACUACUGGGAGUCCUAAAGUUCUUUUACCGCAUCUCCUCAGCUCCCUCUUCAUCUGAGAUGGUUUCCAGUGUGUGUCCUCCAGCCCUCGGUGGUCAGCUGACCUGGCUGAGGGUACUCCCCGGAGGGGGUUUACAUAUGCAGAUGACUAUUCAAAGUGUAACCUUCUGUGACUCGUCACGUGUAUAACAGGCGAGUUGUUCCUCUAGACUAGUGCCACUCCUUCAUUCAGUAUUUUGAUGUUUUCUUUUGGUCUGUGUUCUGUCAAAUGUUGUGAAUUCUGGUUUCCUUCAAAAUAAUUGACGUUUAUAGAUUUUAUUUUGAAAUGAUGUAUAGACACCGCAGCUUAGAAACUGGCUUGCUUUAGGGUUCUUGGGUCAGCCCACAGAAGCCUAGUUACCUCCACCAUGGAAGGCAGUGCUGUGUCAGAUGUGGUUUGGCUUUCGUGAGCCGACCUGGACACGAGCUAGCACCCACUAUGUUGGAAGCUGUAAAACAUGCAUUCCAGGUUGGGACUCAGCGCCUUGUCCUUGGCAGCCACUUGCUCCUCAGCAGAGAUGCUAGUCAAGCCUCUUCCCUCCAAACUGUAGCUGAGGGCCGGGGAAGGACGGAAAGGCAGGAAGACUUUCCUUCCCAAGUCCCGAUAGUCACGGACGCCCCUGGCACUGUGAGGAGAGUGAAAGCCCCAAGUUAAGCUCUGCAUGCUGUUCCAUGAGCUGUUCUAGCAGUCAAUAAGCUCCUGCUUGGCAGCUUCUUACAGUCCCGAGGUGUAGGGAGCUGACUAUUGACAGUAUUGUUUUGCACUGUUUCCUGUUUUUACAAAGUCUUAUUUAGAUAUUGGUCCUCGAGAAUGUUGUCUCUGUCCUUGUCAUUGCUAUAAAAUGUUUGCUAUGUGCCUUUACAGAUGUGAGA